GCAGCUCCAAGAAGAAGAGAGAUGGGGAAUGGCUUGAGCGGGAAGAAGCGAACCAUAACGGUGAUGAAGAUAGACGGCACCACCUUGAAGCUGAAGGCUCCGGUCCAGGCCGAGGAUCUGCUCCGAGACUACCGGGGCUACGACCUCCUCGAGUCCGAGGCGGUGAAGCAGCUCGGGAUUGGAGCCCGUCCGCUUGCUCCCGACGCCCCGUUGCACCCCGGGAAGCUGUACUUUCUCGUGCAGCUCCCCCGGGCGCCGGAGCAGCGAGCCCCGCGGAGGGCCUGGUCCGGGGGGCUGCCCGUGAGCGCCAGAGAGCGGCUGGAGAACCUCGCGUUUACCCGCCGGACCAUGUCGGACGUCUCGGUCGCCGGUAGGCCGUCGCGGGUCGAGGCGGAGGAGGGUAGCGAUGGCACGGUCCGCCUCAGGUUGAGGAUUCCGAAGGCCGAGAUGGAAAAGCUGUUGCAGGAAAGCAAGAACGACACUGAGGCGGCGGAGAAGAUUAUGGUGCUGUGUGUGGCGAAGAAUGGUGGCGCGCCGAAGCUGCCGGCGAUGGAAACUGGCCAGAAGGAGAAGCGAGCAAGGUUUGCUGCCAUGCCAGCUGAGAUUAUUGCCUAACGAAGAAGCAAGUGAAGGAGAAGCAGAUCACCAGGUCAUGGUUUCCAAUUGUGGAGACUGAAGCUUGUGGGUGGAACCUGAGAAGCUGCUGAUGGUUUCCAAUUCCUACCAAAUUUAUAGCUUUCAUUUUUAUUCUUCUGGUUAUUUGAUUCUUUAUUAGUGCCCAAAUAAAUGUAAUCUCUAUUUCUAUCAACAACAAGACUUGCCUUUUCUCUCCACCGUGCUCUACUGUCAUGGCACUUCUCUUCUCAGUACGUAUGAAUGUAACUCCCCACAGCUGAGAGAGAGAGAGAGAG